CAAAGCUCAAAUAAUGGCGACUUUCGCUUUGCUCUCCUUCGGCUUUGUUAAUUAAAAGCCCUUUUUCGCCUAUAUUUUUCAACGAACUGUAAAUACGGCAAUUUUCUAGAGAAGAAAAUCAAUCGAGGCUAUGUCUGCCUCAACGAGUGUAUCGAUGGGGCCUCCAGCACCCCAGGGAACCAUGGGUCCGCCGCAGGCCCCAGUGGCCCCUCAGAACACGGCCACGGACAGUCAGCCGGGACCAGUGCAAGCUGCGCUUGACAGCUUGGCGGCCUUGAACCGGGCCAUCAGCGCACUGGAGGAAAAGGGGUUGCAGAGCGACCCCAGGUACGCCCAGCUGAUCUACAUUCGCUCCAAACACACGGCCAAUGCCGAAGCCCAGAUGGCAGAGAGCAUUGAAAAGCACAUCUUCACAAACCACCAAAGGCAGCAGCUGCAGAUGCAAAUCAUGGCAUACAGACUGCUUGCACGCAAUCAGCCCCUUUCGCAGCAUAUCACCAGCGGCGUUCAGAGUCCGGACGAUCCAGCCCCGACCUCUUCAACGCCCGCCCCUCAGCAAGCAACGCCAGCAACGGCCACUCCAACAGCUGGCCCGACCCAGGCGGCCGCUGCGAGUGGAGAAGCAGCGCAGACUGGCAGUCAGGCCACUGCGACAGCCGCCAUUGUCACCCCCAAGCAGAGUAAAAUCAGCCCAGCAGGCAAGGUAGCGCCGCUGGACCCUGUCGUCAUCUUGCAGGAGAGGGAAAACAGGGUGAUGUCGCGUUUGGCGCACCGCAUCCAGGAGCUGAGCAGCCUGCCGAGCACGAUGGGCGAGGAUUUGCGCAUCAAGGCGAGCAUUGAGCUGCGGGCCCUGCGUCUGCUCAACUUUCAGCGCUCUCUUAGGGCCGAGGUGGUGGCCUGCACACGCAAGGACACCAGCCUGGACACGUCGCAGAACGUGAAGGCGUACAAGCGUACCAAGCGGCAAAGCCUGCGUGAGGCCAGGGCCACUGAGAAGCUGGAGAAGCAGCAGAAACUGGAGGCUGAGCGAAAGAGGAGGCAGAAACACCAGGAGUACCUGAGUGCCGUUCUGCAGCAUGGCAAAGACCUGAAGGAGUUCCACCGCAACAACAUCCUCAAGAUUCAGCGGAUCAACAAGGCAAUCCUGAACUACCACGCCAACGCUGAGCGCGAGCAGAAGAAGGAACAGGAGAGAAUCGAGAAAGAGAGAAUGCGCAGACUUAUGGCUGAGGAUGAGGAAGGAUACAGGAAACUGAUCGACCAGAAGAAAGACAAGCGUCUGGCCUUCCUGCUGCAACAGACAGACGAGUACAUCAGCAACCUUACCGAAAUGGUGAAGCAGCACAAGAUGGAGCAGAAGCGCAAGAUGAAAGAGCAGAAGGAGCGAAAGAAGCUGAAGAAGAAGAGAGGCGAGGGCGAGGAUGACGACGAGGACGUGCGCGUCACCCUGGUUGAGACGGCCACAGGGCGCGUGCUUGCUGGUGAAGACGCUCCUCUUGAGAGCCAGUUGCAGACCUGGCUCGACAUUCACCCUGGAUGGGAAGUGGCACCGCGUGAGGACGAGGAGGACGACUCGGAUGUUAGCGAGGAGGAGGAGGACAGCGCUCUCCUCGAAAAACAAGGGAACAAAUUAGAUGUGUCUGACUUGAACGAUCCGGACAAGAUGCCUCUUGGCGAACAAUCAAAUGAAGUGAUGCACAAAGCCAAGGCAGAGGAUGACGAGUACAAGAACAACUCAGAAGAAGGAACUUACUACAGCAUUGCGCACACGAUUCGAGAAUCUGUGCAUGAGCAGGCCACCAUCAUGGUCAACGGCAAACUGAAGGAGUACCAAAUCAAGGGUCUGCAGUGGCUCGUCUCCUUGUACAACAACAACCUCAAUGGAAUAUUGGCCGACGAAAUGGGUCUGGGCAAAACCAUACAGACCAUUGCCCUUCUCACGUACUUGAUAGAGAAGAAGAAGGUCCAUGGGCCAUAUCUCAUCAUUGUGCCCCUUUCAACCAUGUCCAAUUGGGUGCUUGAGUUCGAAAAGUGGGCGCCGAGUGUGAGCGUAGUCGCGUACAAAGGCUCACCUGCGAUCCGCCGGCAGCUUCAGAGCCAGAUGAGGGCAACCAAGUUCAACGUGCUGCUCACCACCUACGAGUAUAUCAUAAAAGACAAAGCUAUCCUGGCCAAGUUGCGCUGGAAGUACAUGAUCAUUGAUGAAGGCCACCGUAUGAAGAACCACCACUGCAAGCUGACACAGAUCCUGAACACGCACUACCUGGCGCCGCACCGCCUCCUCCUCACUGGCACGCCUCUGCAGAACAAGCUGCCUGAGCUGUGGGCGCUGCUUAACUUCUUGCUGCCCUCUAUUUUCAAGUCCGUCAGCACGUUCGAGCAAUGGUUCAACGCCCCCUUCGCCACCACAGGCGAAAAGGUUGAAUUGAAUGAGGAAGAAACAAUCCUGAUUAUCCGUCGCCUGCACAAAGUCCUGCGGCCCUUCCUGCUGCGCAGGCUGAAGAAAGAGGUGGAGUCGCAGCUGCCAGACAAGGUCGAGUACAUCGUCAAGUGCGACAUGUCAGGCAUGCAGCGCGUGCUCUACCGGCACAUGCACAGCAAGGGUGUCAUGUUGACUGACGGAUCAGAGAAGGGCAAGACGGGCAAGGGUGGUGCCAAGACUCUCAUGAAUACUAUCAUGCAGCUGAGGAAGUUGUGCAACCACCCCUUCAUGUUUCAGCACAUCGAGAAUGCCUACUGUCAACACCUCAACAUCCCCUCCAACAUAGUCCAUGGUCCUGAUUUAUACCGUGCCUCUGGUAAAUUUGAGCUGUUGGACCGGAUUCUUCCCAAGCUGAAGCAGACCGGGCACCGCGUGCUGCUCUUCUGUCAGAUGACUCAGCUGAUGACCAUUAUGGAGGACUAUCUCAACUGGCGGGGCUUCACCUACCUCAGGCUUGACGGUACCACUAAAUCCGAGGACCGAGGCGAGCUGCUGCGCAAGUUCAACAUGCCAGGAUCAGAAUUCUUUAUAUUCAUCCUCAGCACCAGAGCUGGAGGUCUCGGCCUCAAUUUACAGGCGGCCGACACGGUCAUCAUUUUCGAUUCAGAUUGGAAUCCUCACCAGGAUUUGCAGGCGCAGGACAGAGCUCAUCGCAUUGGCCAGCAAAACGAGGUGCGCGUUCUACGCCUCAUGACCGUCAACUCGGUUGAAGAGAGAAUAUUAGCCGCAGCUAGAUACAAGCUUAACAUGGAUGAAAAGGUAAUCCAAGCUGGCAUGUUCAACGAGAAAAGCACAGGCGUGGAGCGGCGUCAGUUCCUGCAGACGAUCCUUCACCAGGACGAAGGCGACGAGGAGGAGGAGAACGAGGUUCCCGAUGAUGAAGUGGUAAAUCAGAUGAUAGCCCGGUCUGAGAAUGAGCUGGAAAUCUUUGAAACAAUGGACAAUGAUCGUAAAAGAGUGGAUGGACACACGCCCAGGCUGAUGGACGAGUCGGAGCUGCCUGCCUGGCUCAUUCAGGAAGAUGAUGAGGUCGAAAAGUGGACUAUCGAGGAGGAGGAAGAGGAGAAGUAUGGAAGGGGCUCAAGGCAGAGAAAAGAAGUUGACUACACUGAUAGCUUGACAGAAAAAGAGUGGCUUAAGGUGAUAGCAGAGGAAGGCGAGGAUCUUGACGAAGACGACCUUGAGGAAGAGGAGCGGCGCAAGAACAAAAAGAACAAAAAGAAGCGAAAGAAGGAAGAGUCGCUGGCGGCGGCCGUGGCCUCUGGUUCCGGCGGCGAAGGACCAAGCUUCAGUGGCGCGCUCGAAGGGGAGGAACUUGCGCCGAGCAAGCCAAAGAAGAAGCGAGGGAGACCGCCCAUCGACAAGUCGCUUGUCACCAGCAAACACGUCAAGAAGCAGAUGCGCAAAAUCAUGGAUAUGGUCAUUAACUACAAAGACAGUGACGGCCGCAUUUUGAGUGAUCCCUUCUUGAAACUGCCGACAAAAAAGGAACUGCCAGACUACUAUGAACUUAUCCGCAAACCAAUUGACAUUAGGAAAAUCAUGUCCCGAAUUGAAGAUAACAGAUACAUGUCUGUGGACGACCUGGAGAAGGACUUCAUGCAUCUGUGCAAGAAUGCCAGGACAUAUAACGUCGAGUCUUCGUUAAUUUACGAAGACUCGAUUGUGCUAGCGCGCGUGUUCCAAACCGCCAGAGACAGAAUUUGUGGGGAACGAGAUGAAACGAGCGCUGAGCAGCAACCAACAGAGGAAGGAGCAGAUGAACCAGAGGAAAUGGAUGAUGAAGACGUUGAGGAUCCAACUGAUGAGGAUUCCAUGCACAGAAGUGUGUUGGUCACAGAAAUUGUUCCAGAGCAGGAGCCCGCUGUUGCGGUGCCCAAAGUAAAAAUCAAGCUGACUCCUGGUGCAAUGGUGGCUACGCCGGUGCAAAGUGAGAAACGGAAACGGAAAAAGUCACGGAAAUUGUACACCAGUGAUGAUGAGGAGCAGCUUGACGAAGCCCCGGAAGAAAUUUACACAGCUGGGCCUAUGGAAUAGGAAAGUCUCUAAUUUUAUUAAUUUUAGCACUUUCUAGUUUUUCUGUUUAUAUAAUUAUUGCUGAAUGGAUUGGUUUGUUUAAAUGUCACAGAAUAAAUGAAAAUAAUGUCGUUCAAAUCAAA